AUGGCCAAUACAACCACCCGACCAAGAAAGCGAAGACACGUCUUAAAUGAAACUUCAACUAGCAUCACAAUACAUGACGUGAGAAAAGAAAUCACAAAACAGUUUCAACAACUUAUGCCCGUCAAGUACUGUAAGUCAAGUGAGAAGGUAUGUCCCGCGGGUCCCCCCGGACUUCCUGGUCCCACUGGGACAAAAGGUCCACGUGGCAGGAGGGGACCAAAGGGAAAGAAAGGCCCUCAAGGUCCCUUGGGACCACCUGGAAAAUCUGGAAAAACAGGAAUGGCUGGUCCUGUCGGACCGAGGGGAGGAAAGGGAGAUAAGGGAGAAGCGGGGCCAAAAGGCAUGCCGCGACCGCCUGGAAAGCCUGGAAAAUCGAUAUCUGCACCACAAGUAAUGUUGACCCCGGUAGAACAAACCAGAGACGACGGAGGAAAUACGGCGCUUUAUUGCACGGUUGGGGGCAAUCCUCUCCCUUUCGUCGAAUGGAGCUUCAAGGGCAGAAAGCUCCUGUCAGGUGCAAAGUAUUUGAUUAAAGAAGGAGAGUUAAUCGUUAGAAAUCUGAAUUACAGUGAUGCUGGGCAGUACACAUGUGCUGCCAGGAAUAUUCUUGGAUCGUCUGUGGCCACUAGUAACCUGUCUGUUCGAGGUAAGAGAGAAUAGAAUUGUUCUUCAGAUCUGAUGUUUUUUUUCCUUAUACUUGAUCACUCACUCAUGUAGUCUGCAUAUUUGUCUGAAGUAGCCUGAAUUCAACCGCAAGUCACAAACUCUUGAAAAGGAUUUCGGAAUCAACGAGACGCUAAUGCCGUCCAGUUUCGUCACUACAAGAAAAUCGGGUACUGAUUUUGAUGAGUUGUUUGUCGACACAUUUGCAUUUUUAUGAAUGAAUGACAAAAAAUUUAACCCGAAAUGUCGUAUGAUACUCAACGGAUCGCAUGCUUCGCGUGGACUUUUACCGUAAGCAGUACCAUAAACUUUCUCCAAACCUUUUCUUCAAAACUAGGACUUUCUGUCAAAGUUACCUUCUGGCGCUCCCACUGACCGCACUUCUCUCAUGACCGAGAGACGACUGGGGACGAGUCAGAAAUUUACCUACGAAUGAAGAUUUAGUGCACUGGAUCGCGCGAGCACUUUUCACAAUUGGUUUAGUUGCGGUUGAGAGAUUAAGUAAGGCUUUUUCGUAAUUAUGUCUGCUUUUGUCUUUAUAUCUAUUAAACAUGUGUCCGUCACGUUUUUUCUGACAGCCCGCUUAAUUUCCCCUUAUUUCUACUUGGUGCCAACACUAAACAGGGGCACCCAACGAGGAUAUACUUAAAAAACACUUUAGCAUAGCGUUGUUAAACGUAUAUAGGUAUAUUUCUAUCUGCUAAAAAUUUUUCAUCUGUUCGGAUUUCCUAGCUGAAAGUCUAGUGAUCUGAAAAUUAUAGGUAUCAAAACCUACCUUUUCGAAAAUUUCAGCAAGAAAAAAGGCUCCCGAAAAUUCUAGGUGACCUUUUCAGGGUAAAAACCCGUUAAAAAUGGGCAAUUAUUCCAUUUUUUAGGUGUUCGAAAAGCCUAUGAGAGGCAGGCAAGCAAAAAAUUUUACAACAAUGUUCCGAAAAUUCUAGAUCUCAAAUCGUCUUCCCAACAGAUUUUUCCGAAAAUUGACGUUGGGUGCCCCCGACUAAAUUUUAAUGAGUUCUUGUCCGUUGGUGAUUCUUAUGAUGCUAUCCCUUACCUACGGCUGCCAGAGUGUACGGCUGCCUCAAUAUUAAGACAUGGCGAGUAAAUUUUUCUCUUAUAUUUUUAGGUCUUCCAGUUUUCACAAAAAUUCCACCAUCACUCGCCACACCAGUGGAGCACACUACCUUUCAAGCGGAUUGUGAAGCUGAAGGGUUUCCUCGUCCCGUAGUUAACUGGACAAGAUUAGUUCUGCCGUUACCUGCUGGAAAGGCUAAGGUAAAAGAACGGACACUUACAAUCAAGAACUUAAGUCCUGCUGACAGUGGUUAUUACGUUUGUGUAGCUUCGAACGUUAUGGGGACAAAGAAGGUCAGAAUUGACCUGGUAGUGCAACAACGACGAUCAGGUAUGUCUUUGGUUCGGCUGGGUAAUUAAAAAUAUAAAAUGUUGGCGUGCGUACUGUAAUAGCUGCCUUCGUUACCUUGGUUUGGAUUCGCGUGAAAGUGUUAUUUCUUGGUUUAUUUUUACGGCCCUUUUUUUUAAAUUUCCAACAGUUUCAGCAUAUUCUGUAGGUGUGAUAACUAAACUUAUGUCAUUAUCACAAUAUGUUGGAAACUCAUUUUACUUUGUAGUGUCUUCAUUGGUUUUGUAAAUGGAUAUUGUUCUUGUCCUGGGCCGAGCUUGUUCUUAGAACGCCAUAUUGAGUAUUGCUUCCGACCAAAUUUAUCAUCAGGUUUAGAAGACUCUGUUAUCGUGGGAAACAGCAAGAACCACUUAACCUCUUUAACCAACUGGCUAGUACCUGUAGAACAGAGAAGUACUUCCGUCUGGAAGCGCUGUUGGCGUGCAUCGGUGGACGACUGGGCUUCAAGAACAUUUCAUUCCCGGUGUGACGGAAAGGGACCGACUGUAACAAUAAUAAGGGUCGGGAGAUAUAUUUUCGGAGGAUACACCAGUUUACCAUGGGGUACGUUAAUAAUGAAAUCAGACAUAACACUUCUACAGUUUGUACUAACCUUUACAUGAGCCUUAAAAAUACAGAAUGGACAAAAAUUCUUGGCACAAAUUUGCAAUAAUCACGCGUGCCCAACUACUUCGAUUCUUCCCUCAACCCAGAAACAACGUCAGACGCCUUUAUCAUUAUAAUUGAAGGCCAAUUUGCCCGCGUGCGAAUGUGAUGGCAAAUAUUUCAAACUUGAAUAAAUUACCUAAUACAAGGGCUUUCGUAGCGGCUGAAAAUGGAUCGGUUGAAGUACUGGAGUUGGUGGCUUUAUUUCUCCUCAAGACGGGUACCUUCAGGACCUUCAGUGCUAAAAACGGAUAGGAGAUUUCCGUAGAGGUUAUAUCGUGCUUUGUUGAGAUUUUUUGCCAAAAGAGAAGGGAAAAUACACAGUAACUUUGAUAACUGUAGGAGAGAGUCCGUCGACAGUUCUUCUCUAUUUGUGUGUCAACUUUCACAAAUGUGUUAGCGUUGCAUCUUAAGGUUAAAUUUGACCAGCUAUUUGUGCAGCGAGUUCUACGGUCACGAUUGACUUCAAAGUUGCAGAUAUAAAACUUAAGGUGAUUCCCUGGUUUUGCACUGCGCAUCUCUUACUGCGCAUAACAAGAUGGCCGCAGUAAAAAAGAGCAUGUGAAGUAACAUUAUUAAAAUGAAGUUGACUGAAGAGAAACGCUAUUGGAAUUUUUGCUUGCGGUUGUUUCUUGGCGAGGUGACACUCAUUGUGUUGGGAAUGUGCAUAACGUAAGCAGUACGCGUUUUUGCUGAGUUCGACUUCCUCACGUAGAACCUCGAUAGUGGAUGUUAAACUUGUGCUUACUCACUUUUAUUUUCAUUUAAACGCUUUCUUUAUCACAUUGUGUCCUAAAUGUGAUAACUCGUUGUAAAUUCUGUAAAAACGGAUUUUUUUAAUACUUUCCUCCCCCUUUCAAAUACAUUCUACUUUGAAACUCGCCCCAGUCCUCUCUCAAAAUCGGAGAAAAUGCAUUUGGUGGGCACUUUCUGCAGCUCUACCGCAAAAACGAGUACAGUGAACCCCAUUUUUUAUUUCAUGAUUUUAAUAAGGACAGUGCUUCCUUUCGAUGAGAAAAAAAUGGGCACAAAUCUAUGCUCAGUUUUUUGGCAAUUUUACUAAAUUGUACGGAUUGAGCUAUCACGGGUUGAAGAGCGCGUGUCCAAUUUAAUAAUUUAAUACCACAUGCAAUUUAAUACCACAUGCAUCAUCGAAAAAAUCUCUCCUUUUUGUCUCGUUUUGGGCUACCCGUGAUUUUUUGUAAAAGGGUCCUAAAUAGCCGUAUUUGUCAGCAUUGUGACGUCAAAACGAGCACGGUGACCCCCACUUUUUAUUACCUUUUUAUCAUCUUCUUGACUUGUUGUAUCAGUGUACCAAGUUUCAUCCACAAUCUAUGUUAGGUUCUUUUACUAAGGAAUCACCUUAAGAGCUCUGAGGCUUAUUUGCCGAAGUUAGAGAAAAAUCUGUCUUAGGGUUUUGAAAUUGUUGACAUUUUUCACUUGUAAAAAAGCGGUUUUAAACAUAUGCCGAUAUCUCAAACGUUUUCAUACCUAUAAGAAAAUAAAUAGCAUUUUCUUAAAGUUUGACCAUUCUUUAUUAAGGUUGUCAAAAAUCAUAGAAAUCGGUUGAAUCAUUCCUGCCGAGAAACACGAUUCAAAAACAUAACCAACGCGAAAAUAAAUAGUUUCGGGCCACCUUAAUUCAUCAUUGCAUUAAUUUGUCUUUCUGCCUGUUGAACUGCGGCAAGCGUAAACUCUUUCCUCUUUUAAAAACGGCUGCAGUGAUCUCUUUUGAAAUAGGGUCGAUAACCAUUUUGCACGUCUGGUGCACGGCAAUCAUGCAUGUAAAGCGGGAACAUUAUUUUCUUUUGUUGUUAGAAUCUUGUGGUUAGCUUUAAUUAGUUAAAUCUUUUAAAUGGUUCACUUUGCCUGAUGAUUUUUAACCGGAUAAAUAGUUAUUGAUUAAUUUGUAUUUAUAUUUUUUUACCUGUGACUUAAUCUUGCCUCUACCAUAGUUACAUCUUUUCCUUCGAGACCAAUAAGAAUUGGCGAGAUUAUUUAGAAAACAUCCUCAGUUAACUAUGCUAAGCAGAAAAAUUAUGUAUGUAACUCCAAUUUAUUUUGCAAGAAAGGUUAAUGUGUAGCAACUCUCUUUGAAUAUUUUUGCAAAUUAUGGCUUUAUUUUUUCCUUUUUCUCUCCUUUCUAGAUACUUCUGGUAGUUAUCAUCAUGACCCCAAAGCUUUUUUAUUUUCAUUGGUAAACUACCCAGGAUGGGCACCUCUUAAACUGCCUCAGACGGGGAAACACAGUUCUUCCAGAGGUUCCAUACGUUGUCACUCAUUAUUGGGGCCAACGUUCGGAGGCGGAUAUGACAUUAGCAUUUACAACAACGCGCGAUCCAACAGCAAUACUUACAGCAACCUUGGCCAUACAUACAGUCCACCGAGAGGUUACAGCUACCCCAGCUCAUUCGCCCAAACAUUCCUGGCAGGAGCUUACAGCUUCAAACCUGACGAAGUAGAAACAUUUUACGAAACAACAUGA